AUGGAACAAGCAAAGAGUUAUUGCAUAUUUUGUUACGCCCCUCUUGAUGACGAAGUCCCAUUGUGUCAAACGUGUUUAGUAAUGCAACUAAAAAUGAAGGAAGUUAUUUGUGAAAGUUUACAGAGUGCGUGUGUUUCAUCGGUGAUGGAGAUUCAGACAUUAAGUCUUGAGCAAAAGAGUAUAAACGAGUUGAUUCGAAAAGAGGAAGAAGCUGUGACCAAACUUGAGACAGAAAUUAAGAAACUACAAAAUACGAAUGAUGCGCUCAACUGUUCUUUUGAGUUUUUAAAAGUUGCCAAUAGAAAACAAUACUCAACAGAAGACCUGUUAUUCGAUAUUAUCAGUGAACUUGCUGCGGGCUCUUAUACAUGUUUGGAUAACUAUAAUAAUAGUAUAACUAAGUUAGUCUAUAGAUAUGACUUAGACUAUGGCGUUUGA